AUGCGGAGGGCCAUCGUGGACCUGUCCUACGCCCGCCACUUCCUGGACUUCCAGGGCUCGGCCAUCCCCCGCGCCAUGCAGAAGCUGCUGGUCACCCGGCUGAGCCCCGACUUCCGCGAGGCCGUCACCCUGCGCCGGGACUGCCCGGUGCCGCUCCCCGGGGACGGAGACCUGCUCGUCCGGAACCGAUUUGUUGGGGUGAACGCGUCCGAUAUCAACUACUCAGCCGGCCGCUACGACCCUUCUGUCCGGCCCCCGUUUGACAUAGGCUUUGAAGGCGUGGGCGAGGUCGUGGCCCUGGGCCUCUCGGCCAGUGCCAGGUUUGCGGUGGGCCAGGCCGUGGCCUACCUGAGCCCCGGUUCCUUUGCCGAGUACACGGUGGUACCCGCCAACGUUGCCACCCCGGUGCCCGAGGUGCGGCCCGAGACCCUCCCCCUGCUGCUGAGUGGGACCACGGCCUACAUCAGCCUGAAGCACCUGGGGCAGCUGUCGGAGGGCAAGAAGGUGCUGGUGACGGCGGCCGCGGGCGGCACCGGCCAGUUCGCGGUGCAGCUGGCCAAGAGGGCCAAGUGCCACGUCAUCGGGACCUGCUCUUCCGAGGAGAAGUGUGCCUUCCUGCGGGCGCUGGGCUGCGACCGGCCCAUCAACCACCGGGCAGAGCAGGUGGGAGACGUGCUGAAGCGGGAGUACCCCUCCGGCGUGGACGUGGUGUAUGAGUCCGUGGGCGGGCCCAUGUUCGACGUGGCGGUGGAUGCCCUGGCUCCCCGCGGCCGGCUGCUGGUCAUUGGCUUCAUCUCGGGCUACCAGAGCGACUCGGGCCUGUCUCCCGUGAAGGCGGGCGCACUGCCCGCCAAGCUGCUGCGCAAGUCGGCCAGCAUCCACGGCUUCUUCCUGAACCACUACCUGUCCGAGUACCGGGCGGCCAUGGACGACCUGCUCCAGCUGACUGCCCGGGGGGACCUGGCCUGCCAGCUGGACCUGGGGGAGGUGGACCCCCAGGGCAAGUUCGUCGGCCUGGAGUCGGUUUUCAGGGCCGUCGAUUAUAUGUACAAGGGAAAAAACACGGGGAAAAUUGUAGUGGAAUUACCUGCCUCUGCCGGCAGCAGCAAGCUAUAAAAAUCAACAGUGGCGUAAAUCAAAGGAGGACGUUGGUGGACGCCUCAGAAUUACUCAAAUCAAUGUCUUUUUAGUUGGAAAUGGUUGCACUGUUUCUUAAAACAGAAGUAAAGUACUAAUGAAUAGGUU